CUUGCACGAAUGCACCCUCCAUGGAAGCCUAGGACCCAUAAAAAACAAACACUAACAGCAGGGAGCACCGGGAAGAGACUGGUGUCGGGAUUCAUCUUGCGCACACCGUGCGUAAAAGGCGCUCUGUAACUCUCGGUGUUGCUUUUGGUGUUUCAUAUUCAAGGUCGCGGUGAGAUUAAAUCAUGCUGAAAAUGACCGAGGAGCACGACAAGUGUGUGGGCGAGCAACCGUGCAGCCCCUCGGGCACAAACAGCUCCAUGUCUCAGGAUGAAUCCGACUCUGACGCACCGUCCUCGCCGACGGGCUCCGACGGCCAAGCGUCACUGCUCGCCGGUUUGGCUAAGAAGUUGGACUCGGAGGACGACGAUCGAUUCCCGGCUUGCAUACGGGACGCAGUCUCUCAGGUUCUGAAGGGAUACGACUGGUCCCUGGUGCCCAUGCCGGUGAGAGGGAACGGGUCCUUGAAGAGCAAACCGCACGUCAAGAGGCCCAUGAAUGCCUUCAUGGUCUGGGCCCAGGCUGCUCGCAGGAAGUUGGCGGACCAGUACCCGCACCUGCACAAUGCCGAACUCAGCAAGACACUUGGGAAACUGUGGCGUUUGCUUUCUGAGAGCGAGAAGAGGCCGUUUGUGGAUGAAGCAGAGCGUCUGAGGGUUCAGCAUAAGAAAGAUCACCCGGACUACAAGUACCAGCCCAGGCGACGGAAGAAUGUUAAACCGGGCCAAAGCGACUCGGACUCUGGCGCCGAGCUGGCCCAUCAUCACAUGUAUAAAGCCGAACCGGGGAUGGCGGGACUGGCAGGGAUGUCUGACGGGCACCACCAUCCUGAACAUGCCGGACAGCCCCACGGUCCCCCGACACCGCCCACCACCCCCAAAACGGACCUGCACCACGGCGCCAAGCAGGACCUAAAGCACGAAAGCCGUCGCCUGGUCGACAGCAGUGGCGGCGGCAGACAAAACAUCGACUUCAGCAACGUGGACAUCUCCGAGCUCAGCACCGACGUCAUCAGCAACAUGGAGACGUUUGACGUGCACGAGUUCGACCAGUACCUCCCCCUGAACGGCCACGCCUCCUCAGUCUCCGCCGCCUUAUCUUCAGAACACGGUCAGGCCCCGGCGACCCCCUCCUACGGCUCCUCCUACGGCGGCUGGAGUCGCAAGAACGCCGUGACCUCCUCGUCACCCGAAGCGGCCCAGCACCGCCUCCAUAUCAAAACGGAGCAACUGAGCCCGAGUCACUACAGCGACCACUCGCCGUCGCACCCCGAUUACGCCCCCUACAACACCCAGGCCUGCGUCACCACCUCGGCGGCCUCCUUCCCGGCCUCCCAGUGUGACUAUACCGACCUCCAGAGUUCCAACUAUUACAACCCGUACUCCAGCUACCCGUCCACCCUUUACCAGUACCCUUACUUCCACUCCCCACGGCGGCCUUACAGCAGCCCCAUCCUCAAUAGCCUGUCCAUGGCGCCUGCUCACAGCCCCACCGCCCCCAGCUGGGACCAGCCCGUCUACACCACACUGACCCGACCUUAGAGCCGGAAAGGACGUUGGGUCCGAGUACGACUAACGAAGGAAGAAAUGAAAAAGUGCCUGCUGAUUUUAUACAAAACUCUUAUCUUUGCAACACUUCUUACAGACUUUUGUACACCAAGAGAAACAUUGGUGGCGCCUCCGUGAGGACGUAUUAACGCCAAUACGCCGAAAUUGUGUACAGUUUUUUUUUCAUGCACUUAAAACCUCUUUUACACAGGAGUGAUUUUUUUUUUUUACCGUCACAGCAAUUUUCCAUCUCGGUACAUAGACUCAGAGCUGUAACAGAGCCGGGACACGCCUGUGUGAAAGGAUAUUAUGUAUAGUUUAAUUUUCUUAUUGUGCUGUGUGAAGACUUGCCUUUGCUGGAUUCUGCGUAAAAGGCAAAAAUGGUUUCUGCUAUGGUGACGAUGUUGCAAGAAAGGGGCAUGGCGUCCUGUAGAUUAACCGCAUCCGAUCCGUGGCGACUGCGUGUGAUUAUACACAGGACAACUGUCAAACCUGUCAAGGUUGACAUCCUGUAUAAAAAAUUGCUGUCAACAACAACAGGACCAGAGAAGUGACUGUUCACACUUUCCGACAUUCCCUUUCUCACAGGCGACGUCCUGCCUCUGUUGUGGCUCUGACGAAUACCUCUGAAAGUGGAAUACGUUCCUUUUGUGGCGUUCAUACAGAACAGAAGUUUUGUUUGAAAGGGGCUAGAGUGACCAUUCUCCAAUCGGAUCACGGGAAGCUUUUCCCUUUCACACAGGCAUCGCACUAGCUGUUGAUGUAGGCAGAAUAUUCCAUCCAUUCCACGUUUGUGCCGUUAAUAUGCAAGGGAACGCUGGAAAGGAAUAUUGGCGGGAUGACUUUUUGACAUAGAAAUAAAUCCCGACCGGAAGAUUCUGUGUAAAAGGGGCUUUAGAGGUUUAAUCAUUGUGAAUUUUGGCUCAAGUCUUAACAAAACCUAUGAAUCUUAAAGUGGAAAAGUCUUUAUACAUAUAUAUAAAUAUAUAUUUAUGUUCAUGCAUUAUGGGUUUAUUUCCUAGUGUUAUUUUUAUUUUUUUGUGGCUUGGAUUAAAACACUUAAAAUAGGUGGCAGUGCAGAUAUCAUUCCAUUAAAGACAGAAUUCCAGAAAGGGCGGCGUUCCUUGAUUGCGGGCGACGGGCAAAGGGGGACGAAACAGGUGUCGGCAAGCUGCGCCUGGCAAAUUGCGAUUAGUCAUGAUGGGAAGGGUAAAGGAAAUGGGGUAAAAUAACACCGCCGGCUAUGAGUGACGCGUCAGCUGGAGCGACACAUGGUGUGUGUGUGUGUGUGUGUGUGUGUGUUCAUGUGCAAAUUCUAUAUGUAAAUGUUUGAGUCCAUUUCCUGCAGGGAGACUUUUGACCCGAUCGCCCAUUUUUUUUUUUUUU